CUAUAAAUAACAAUAGGCUUAUGAUCCAAUAGCAUAUCACACAAGUCUUUAGAUACUUCCCUUUUUAGCUUUCAUCUAUCAUUGGUGUAAUGAUGAUGAUGCAUAAAACGUUCAUGCGCUUCUUGAUUCCUUUGUUGGUUCUUGCCACUUUCUGUUUGGCUAAUUCUGCUAUAGCAACAUCUCAAGUUUCAGAGAAUGAAGCAAAGCUUGGAGAGCAAGAAUUGGCAAAGACAAACCCAGAAGUUCAUAAUGAAGAAGAAAAAUUCCUUUUCCAUCAUCAUAAGUCACUCUUCAAGAAACAUAUUCCAAUUGUGAAACCUAUUCCAGUGUAUAAGCCUAUUCCAAAACCAAUUCCAAUCGUAAAGCCUAUUUAUAAGCCAGUUCCUAUUUAUAAACCAAUUCCAAAACCCGUAAUAGUGAAAAAGCCGGUCCCUAUUCCAGUAUUCAAGCCGGUUCCAAAGCCAAUUCCAAUUGUUAAGCCUAUUCCGGUUUUUAAACCUAUUCCAAAACCAAUUCCAAUUGUUAAACCUAUUUAUAAGCCGGUUCCCAUAUAUAAGCCAAUUCCAAAACCAAUAUUUGUUAAACCAUACCCUAAAAAACCUUAUUUUCCUCCACAGAAUAGUCCUUAAGUUAUUGAAACAGAAGAAAAGUGAAAUUAUAUAUUAAUUAAUUAAAUAUCAUGAAUUCAAAAAACCCUUUCUCUCACCAUUACCAUUUCACAAGGCAAUUCCAACUCCAUUUUAUUAGAUGAUGAUAAGGCUCAUAAUAUCUACAGGCCCAAAAAUAAUCUCUUGUGCUUAAUGUUAUUUCUAAUGAAUGUCUAAUAUUUAUAAUCAUGCGUGUCCAAGUAUCUCCACUUCAAGUUAUGUCUUAAGAAUUCUUAUUGAAUGUAGUUUACCGAAAUAUAUAUAGUAAUAUAGUUCCGUUAUUAAUUACCACAAGUUGGCAGUAUUUUCAUUGUAAAUUGAAUAAUUAAUCAUCAAUCAGGAUGGUAACAAUGAUCUCUUAGUUGUCUGUUAAA